CAAACCGCAAGAAGAAAGCCUCAGUACCCCGCACGCUGGGCUCUGCCGCCUCCGACGUUGGGCGGUACGACGACCGGCGAGAGGCUGCACAAUCUCGGGUUGCGUAGAACGUCAUGGACUCUGGACGAAGACGACACGAGAACACGACAUGGAGAUUGCCUCAGAAUUUGCACUUACAACGCGAGAACUGUCUCCAGUGAUGCCGACCUUCGUUGCCUGCUUGAUGCCGCGAGUCGAAUCAAGUACAACGUAAUCGCGCUCCAGGAAACGAAGUGUAAGAAGACCGAUAUACGACAUUUCUUCGAUGGAACUCUUGUCAUUCGUGGUGAGAAGUUUCCAUCGCGAAACAUCGGUGGCGUCGGGUUCGCCGUUCACCCAUCUGUCGUCCAACACGUUGACUCCUACGAAAUCCUCUCUCCUCGCCUUGCCAUCCUCCGUCUUCAGCCGCGGCGUCAAAAGUCCAUCUGUAUCAUCAGCUGCUAUUCACCACACAUGGGCGCUGAUGAUUCCGAAUUAGACGCAUUCUACGAUCAGCUGGAGGAACGAAGGAGCUCCGAACGCAUCUCGACGUCAACGAGAGAACUCUUGAGUAAGCGAAGGAGCCUGCGACUUGAUCCGAAUGCAACCCACCUCGAGCGACUGAUUGCUGACACCAGUUGCAGAAUAGCGCUGCAGGAGGACAUACGACAGUUCAGGCAAAGAAAAAUCCUCGAAGCUGCACAAGGAAGAUCAAGUAUAAAGAAGUGCAAGCGGGACCUCACCGAUCAUCGCGUACCACUUUCUGCUCUCCUGAGAGAGGACGGAACCCUCACUACUUCUAGAAAGGAGAUGGAAUCUAUAGCGGAAACGUUCUACACAAGUCUAUUCCGCUCCUCCACACCCGUACCAGACCCUGUUAUCCCCACUGCCCCCCGACCACCUACGAUCCUUACCUCAGAAGUCCGAGUUGCCAUCGACAGCAUGAAGAAGGGAACUGCUCCCGGACCCGAUAAGAUCUCGAACUGUUGUCAGAUAGAUUACCAGCUAUUCCCACGGCUGAACAUAUCAGUGAUGAAUUCCGUAUUCACGGAGUUCAAGCCGAGUAACGAUGCAUGCAUGGCACAUGGUAUA